CAGGAAUGAGCAAUCUAUUGCACUUAAUUCUUUUGGGUUUUAUGAUGCGUGACGUGGACAUGGGUGGGUGUUUUUCUUCUCCAAACGGACAUGAUAAAAGCACACUGCUUCUUGCGCUGGCCUACUUUACUUCAUAAAGAGGAGAUACUGUCAGCACGUCCAUCAGCCCCGCAACUACAAGAAAUGCAAUAUAACAGGGACCCAGACACUGUUGUGACCAUCGUCAACCCUGUGGAGCAUCCCAGAGACUAUGUGGUAUGGUCCAUCUUCAGCUUCUUCUACGGAAACCCCUUUUGCCUCGGACUGGCGGCGCUGAUCUUCUCAAUCAAGGCAAGAGACAUGAAGGUGAUCGGAGACCUGCAGAGAGCCAGGGGAUAUAGCAAGUGGGCUCUGGGCUUCAACGUGGCCGCGCUGAUCAUUCUUCUUGUGACUAUCUUGAGUCUUGUAAUUGUUCUGAUAAUUAUAACUGUCAAUAGGUAUCGUUAUUACUGUAACUACUAGGGCCAAGAAACCAGAUAAUUGCCCCUGUACCAAAAAUAAUAAUGAAGCUGUAUUGAUUUAAUUAACCCGUAAUGCGCUUUGUAACCAUCAGCCCAGCAAAAUGAAUAUCCGUCAUUAUUUUACGCCACCCUUCAGAAUUUAAUUGAUUUGAAAAUAGUUUUAGCAGCCGCCCCGGCGAGAACUCCAAGUUAAUGAUGCAUAAUGUCUAUAAAAGAACCCUUGUCCACCAAGGCACUUGGUGACAGACAGCAGUCCAGAUGCAACGGAAGACCAUUAUGGUUACGGUUUUAAUUUAAUGUAGGCCUAUAUUAUCAUUAAGAAAUGGAUGGGGGCAAGAUAUGCCAAAAAUAGCCUCAUACUUUUUCUAGCUCUUGUAAUGUUAAGGCACUUAAUUUGAAUGAGGGUCUUUGGCUGAAUGUACUGAAUGUUACUACACUUUGCAUAAAAGCUUCAGCUAAAAUAAAUGUUUUACAAUGUAACGUGGUUUUAAAUAAUUCAUGCGCUAUUUGUGGUCCAAUGCAAUGGUCUUGUACAUAGGCCUAACAGCCUCAGCUGAGGCAGAGAAUGAGACCGAGAAGGAGAUGGAGGCUGGUUCGACGGCGGUCGUGGCAGGGCCCCAUGCAGGGGCUAGGGCAGGUCUAGCAAUGCCACCGCAAAGGUCUUUAUGAGUUAUUAUAUGCAAAUUAGUUAUUUCACCUGUGGACAUGCAGUAUUACAAUGACAAGCUGCCAGCAGGGACUACGCUUACAUGAAAGUAACAUCAUGACAAUGUGUCCACAUUAGAGCCUCAGACCGAAAAUGAUGUGAAAAUACAGAAGUUAUCCUUUAACAAAGACGCAUUCUGAAUGGAAAUACAUCAGAGGAACCAUCAGGCGUCUUUCCUGAGCAAAAGACACAGAGUGUUGCUCUCCAAAAGAUAGGUUUCCACCCACAUCAGGGAAGGGACAGACAGAGGAGAAGAGACUACAGUAGCAGAGAUUGGAACAGACAGGGACGAGACAGAGUGAACAUUCGUGAACAAAAACGACAGGUGUCCCAUUCAUUUUUUUUAUACACUAAAUACUUUAUUCUUAUAAUACAAUUUCCAGUUACCUGUUUGAUUCUAACUGAGUUAUUUCUGCCUCACAGUACCUUAAUAAAUCCAUUGUUAAAAUGUAAAGUAUCAACAAAAACUCAUGCAUUCGCUCCUAUAAGUGAUUAUUAACCAAUAUGCAUGAUUAUAAUAAUCUAUGCUUAACGUGUGCAUACGUAUAGCCAUACAAGUAUACUAUACUCACUAACAAAGUGGUUCACAUUGUUUGUGGCUAUAAUCCUUUCAGGAAAACCUGGUUAUAGUCAGGGGCGUAGCACAAAAUUCUGGGGCCGAUAACGGAGGUAGUUGAGAAUGGGGUUUCAUCUUGUGUGUUUAAAUGUUUGUGCUCACCAUUCUUGGAAAAUAAAUUAGUCAGAACCUGACUCCUUCAUUUA